AUUCAUGUUUGAUUACACCAGGUAUGAAAUCCUGAUGAUAUCCAUGGCACCUCCUGAGGGGGAGGAGGAGAGGUCUCAAGCUUAUUACGUCAUCAAGGCAGCUCAAGAGAAGGAAGAACUUCAGCGAGAAGGAGAUGAACUGGACGCGAAGAUCAGGAAGGCUGAGAAGGAGAUCCGGGCGUUGGAGAACACUCUUCGGUUAAUGAACGGUCGUAACGAGACAUACAGGAAAAGCUUUAAUAAGGUGGAUGAGAUGAGUGAAGAGUUUGACGAGAAGCAGCGCUUGGAGGAUCAAAUGCGCGCUGUCAUGGACAAAUACAAAUACAAACGGCGACAAAUCCGCGAGCUACAGGAGGAUCUGGGCUCCAUGCAGAACACACUGGACAACUUGACAGCUGACGAACAAGCCUUAGUGGAAGUGAUCACAGAUAAACAAGCAAAAGCGACAAAUUUACAGAAAGAACUGGACGAUCAGAAGGUAAAGAAAGACAGAGCUGCCCGCGAGGCCAGUAAAAUAGCGCGCACAGUCAGAAGCGCCAAGAAAAGUUCGGGAGAACUCCACGAAGAGAGAGACAUGGAUUUAAGAGAGCUACGAGAGUUUAACACACGUACAAUGAAGCAGAUGGGAGAAGUGUUACACAGUCACCCGGAUCUUGGCCCCAGUGUUCAGAUCUACUUCAGCCAGGCCGGGCUACCAAUGCCACCCUCCCCAGGCCCUGGUGCGUCACGACCAACAUCGUCUCGUAGCUCCAGGAGUUCUGGAACAGUGUCUUCCGCUAGGUAAGUUGAAAAUUUCUAGUCUUAUGGUCACGGAAUGGCACGCUGGUUUUAGAAAUCGUUCGACUGUAACGAUACAAAAACAGGCCUGACAUGUAGGAUUACGUUAAGAAAAAAUACGGAGGCGCAGUGGCCUCAUGGUUAGUGCGCUCGACUCCAGAUCGAGCGGUCCGGGUUCAAGCCCUAG